AUGACUUUAUGCAAUUUGCUCGGUAGAGAACUUUCAUCCUCUUUCUAUCGAGCUAGCUAUGACUAUGAACAACAAAUAACGUCUAGUUGGGCAAGUCAAGAGAACCUGAUCAGGAGCUGUAUCGACAUUGUUGAUCAGUCGGUCUCCAAGAGUAGCCAAGCAAUCAAAGAACUAUCCGGCUCUCCAUCCAAAUUGGAGCAAGUCAACCGGACAAGUGGAGCAUCUACAGACAAUAUAACCAGACGACACCGACCGUCGACCGGUGAGAAGAAGAGAGCAGAGCUGGAGGCAGAAGUGUACACAGCCAAGCUGAAGCGGAGGAUGAUCCACAAUGAGCUGGCAGGCGAGAGUCCCUUCCUCCAUCUUACGUUGAUAAUGCAAAGUCAACAUGAUUUGAGCCAGGGCAGUACAGAAGAGGUGGAGUAGUAAGAUAAUAGGAAAAAAAAGAAAAAGGAAACAAUAAGGGCCAAAGAAGUGACGAUACAAAUCAAGAGUAAAGAUGUGUGGGCAGGAAGAU